AUGUCAAAUCUUCAAGAACACCAAAGUGAAAUUGAUCGAUGCAUAGAAUUAUUGAAUCCAUCUUCAUCGGAUGAUGCCAAAUUUGUCGCGUUUACUCUUUUACCAAGACUUUUGAAACAAGAUAGAGAAAAUGUGUUACUUAUUUUUGACGCGAUGGAUUUUAAGUUUUUGGAGCGCUUAAUGAGAACUGGGAGUGUAAAUGACGAUAAUCAACCAGAUUUUACUUUAAAAUCAAUAGCUGUUAAUAUAUUAUCUUGCUUUGGCGCACUCUACGAACUUUUAAAUAAAAAACAGAUUCAUGCACGUAUUCCAACUCUCGCGUCUCUUAUAUCUCCAGAUAAUGAAAAAUUGACGCGAGAUAUCCUAGGGAUAUUUCUUAGAUUAUCGUCCGCAAAUCAAGAGUUGACUUACAUUAUAGAUGACAAAGUUACUUCAAAGAUUUUGCGAUGUAUAACGUCUUUUACGAAUGUUGAAAUACAGGAACUUGCUCUAAAUGUAAUUUAUUACACCACUGUCGGCGUAAUUAAAUCAAUUUCACAGGAUCAGCAAAUUUCUAGUUCUGGAAUAAUUAUUCAAGGAUAUAUAUUUACAUUUGUUCAAGAUUUUUUAAUUAAUUAUGAGUCACAAACUAGCAUUUUUAUUCAAAACUUUAGGCAUAGUUUGUUGGAAAUUUUAAGUAAUAAAUUAGGGAGUGAACAACGUGAUAAGGCACUGUCACUUGUCAUGCUACUUCUUUACCAUUUUGAUGCUAUUUCAUUAUUUGCACCUAUUACAUCGAAUCUUACUUUGACCCAGAUCUCAAAUAGUGCAGCAGAAGAUAUUGAUAAUGAAUUUAAAUUUUCAGUGUUAGUGGUACAAUUAUCAUGCGUUGAAAUACGGUUGAUGUUGGAUGAGUUAGAACAAGAAAAAAAGAAUGAUCAACUUAACGAACGUCUUAAAGUGAUGCUACCGGCAUGCUAUACUAUUUUAGAAAAAUCGAUUGAAUAUCUAUCACACAUCGAAAAUUUACUUGAGCCACAGGAAAAAGUAGAAACUGCCCGAGUAAAAUUAGAGCCUGAUGUUUUACUACGAUUAAAGGGUACUAUGAUUGAAACAUUUCGAGCCAUAAUUGAAUAUUUAAUAGAUGUUAAAGAGAGAGGAGUUUCUAUUAAAUCUGCUAUGAAAGACGAGAAAAUCACAGCUAGUAUUCGCGUUCUUUCCGCAUGGCUCGCCGAAGAAAGCUCAUUAGAAAAAGAAACUAUAGCUUUGAUGCCGUUUUUAGUUGACACGUGUCGUUACUG